UUAAGAAUACAUGUUGUUAACACUAAAUGAUAUGGAUUAACGUACAUAUCUGUCCUUAUAUGACCAUUUUGGCUUUAUGGCGCAAUCCUAUAUCCACACACCACAAUUUGUAAGUUCAGAUUCAAGUCUCACCGCAGAUUACUUGGAGACUGUUUACCCUCGGAGUAGUUCUUUUCACAUGGAACCUAAAGACUCAUCCAGUCUCCAGUGCCACCUCUGUAUGAAGGUCUUCAGUCGUAAAGGCAAUUUGGUUCAACAUCUGAAGAUCCAUACUGGUGCAAGACCACAUAAAUGUGAUGUCUGCAACAAAACUUUCAUUAGGAACUCACAUUUGAGGGAGCAUAAGAGCUUGCAUAGAAAGUCGUCUAAUGUCAUGCCUUGAAUAAUAUAUAGUGUGUGCCAUUAUCCUGCAAAAACAUAAAAAUAACUUUAUACUGACAUUGCUAGAAGGAUAUUUUGUGGUUCUUACUGUAAACCACCAUCCUGCAAUAAUUCAUUGUACCAUAAUUAAAAGAGAUCCAUAGCAGGGCAAGGUGUGGAGAGUUAAUUCACAUAUGUAAAGGAGAAUAUGAUUAAAAGCAUAAAUGGAGCUUAAACUGAGAAUAGGUGAAGGCUUCCGACUUUAAAAAUGAAUAUAAUCCAAACCUUGAGCAACAUAACUAGUAUGAGUAUAUGAAGAUCCAUACUGGAGAAAGGGUGCAUACGUGAGACAUUUUGGGUGCUUGACAGAAUAUAUAUGCAUAGAACAUUAAAGCAGCUUAUCUUGCUGUCAAGUAAAUGCUACCGAAUCAAAUAAUAUUUAGUCAAAAGCAAUCUCUUGCCAAUUUGAGAACAUAUGGCCAAGCAUUUCAAUGAACCAAGUGAUACACAUUGUACAUUCUACAAUACUGGGAAUGAUAGUAGCAAUAUUUAUCUUAACUCCAUAUAUUUGAU